AACCCCUAAUGUUAAAGUAUGCAACCGUGUUUAAACGAAGAACUGUGAGGUGCGCGUAUGCCCUUCCUCACUCCUAACCGAACCCCCGAACCUCGAUCUCUGCGUAGACCCGUUUUAGCUGGACCGUCAUCCAUCAAAGGGUGGAAGGAAAAAUUCUUCUUUGUGGAUGACACCGAGUGGAGUAGAAGGGAUGCCGAAGUGGAACAGUUGUCUGCUUGGAAAGCUAAGAAAACCAAGCAGAACAACUAUAAAUUAAAUGAGGAUGAGGUGGAGGAGGUGGAGAAGCUGGUGAGGGAGGAAGGAGACGUGGUGGACAUCCUACACCUCACCAGUCCGCAGGCAAUAGAGGCUGCUGAGCUCUAUGGGCCAAGCUCAUUGAGCGAAGCUGAGAUGGACGAGUUUACAAAUGCUGUUGGGGGACUACGCAUUCCAAAGAAGCCAAGGAAGAAGUCAAUGACUUCAGCUGCGGCGAACAAAGGGGUGCCAGAGAAAGAGCGCCUGCCUAGCACUUCUGCUCGAGUGCUGAAGAUACAGCAGAGGCUAGAGCCUGCAGGAGGGAAUAGUGAGGAGGUGAGUAAAGAGGUAGCACCACUUCAGAGGAAGAAGAGGAAGGUAGCUGAACUAGAGGUGAGGGGGGAUGAGGUGACUGAGUUCAUGCCUCGCCCUUCUCCUCCUCAAAUCGAUCUUGAAGUCAAGGAGAGGGAAGAGGCCGAGGUGCGAGGCCCUGGCAGGAGCAAGGAGCUCAUCCCUCCUCACGCAUACCAGAAGAGUUUGUUUGAGGCGACAAACACGACUGGGGCGAAGCACUUCCUCAACUCAACUCUUCCUGAGGAGUAUGCAGAGAGUGUGAGAGAUCGUGCCAGCUUGCAGAGGCAGUGUGAGCAGCUGCAGAAAGAGAAGGAUGAGCUGCAGAAGGAGAGGGGGGAAUGGGAGAAGGAGAAGAGGGAGAUGCAGAGGAGGCUGGAUGAAGUUCUCUCUUCAGUGACCGAGCUCCAAAACGAGAAUGAUGUCCUAAGCACGAAGCUUGUCCUCGAAGAACCGGAGCUGAAGAAGAAUGUGAACCUGCUGGUUCACAACGGGAUGGAGGAGCACAUUGGCAACUUCCUCAACUCCAGCACCUUCAAGAACAUCCUCAAACUCUACCGGCUGCCAACCGCAAUCGUGGCCUUCACCGACUGUAGAAAGAAGGUGAAGGCCCAGUACCCAGAGGUGGACGUGACAACAGUUACCUUUGGGGAGCAAGAAGAAGGGGUGGAGGAAGAUGGGGAGAGCCUCUGUGCUGACUUUCGACCUCAGAUCACGCUGAGGUGGGAGCGUGAUGCAGAGGGGCUCACUAUUUUUCCUCCGGCCUUUGACGCUGAGUUGGUGGCCGUGGAGGAAGAAGAAGAAGGAGUAAAAGAAGCGCAAGGCGCUGGAACGUUGGCCCCUAUUGAAGUAGAAAUGCCACCUCAGCUUGCUGAAGACGAGCCCAGAUCACCACCUCUUCCUACUGAGGAGCAGCCUCUUCCUCCAGCAGAGUAGUUUAGGAUUUUCUGUGUUAUUGAUGUAAAUAACAUUUUUGUAUAAAAUUUUUGAAUUUAUUAUUUAUCUGGUGUUCGAUUUUUUGAUUUGUGAUUGAUGUUUUGCUUUGAGGAACUCUUUUUGGAUAAGUUAACCUGAAUUAACAUAAGGUUCUGAC